CUGUAUUGGCUCUGGUAAGAGUCAAUGGGAGGAGACUUUGACAAUGAAUGUGCUGAGGGCACAUGUUUACAAUGAUGGGCAAGAGAGGAAAAAUGGAGCUGCACAUGAUCACCAAACAGUAUGGUGCCUCUUUGAACAGACUGACAGAAAAUCACUGCAGAAGGACACCAAAGAGGCGCAUUGACCUGCAGUGUCAGAGGAAAAACAUGACAAAAAGAUAUUAGAUAAGUUAGCACAACAGCUGAUAGCAUUUGUUUCUGACUUCACUGUUCUGUACCAAGUACAACACACUCUUCUUGUUCCCUAACAAACUGACACAAGGGGGACAAGUCAUCACAAGGACUAACAAACACUCCUCAGGGAUGACCAGUGCUCAGCUGUUGAAGACUUCACCAGAAGAGUCUGCGUUUGGUGCCCAGCCUUCCAGGAUGGCAUCCACUGGCGUCGUCCUCGGCUCCUCACCUCCCCCUGCAGCUGUCUGGCCUCCUCUGGACUUUGCCAUGGGCGCUCUUUCCUGCUGUGCGGCCUGUGUGUUCACCAAUCCCCUGGAGGUUGUAAAGACCCGUCUGCAGCUUCAGGGAGAGCUGCGUGCACGGGGGUCCUACCAGAGACACUAUCGUGGAGUUCUGCAGGCCCUCUGGGUGGUAGGCCGCACAGACGGGCUCCGGGGCCUGCAGAAGGGGCUCUCAGUCGGGCUGAUUUACCAGGGUGUGAUGAACGGUGUGAGGCUGGGCUCCUACUCCUACUGUGAAGCUCUGGGUAUCACCUCGUUCCACGGGGGGAGUCUGCUGUCAGGGGCAGGGGUCGGGGCGCUGGGUGCCUUGAUUGCCUCUCCUGCCUACCUGGUGAAGACCCACCUGCAGGCUCAGACUGUGGAAGCCAUAGCAGUAGGCCACCAGCAUAACCAUCUGGGGGUGUCUGACGCCUUUGUUACCAUCUACAGAAGAGACGGUUUAAUUGGUCUUUGGAGGGGUGUGAACGGGGCCGUGCCUCGAGUCAUGGUGGGAUCAGCUGCUCAACUGGCAACAUUCACCUCGGCCAAGGACUGGGUGUCACAUUCCCAGUGGUUUAGUCCAAACAGCUGUCUUACGGCUUUGAUAGCCGCCAUGAUCAGUGGAGUCGCUGUGGCGAUCAGCAUGACACCAUUUGACGUCAUUAGUACCCGGCUCUACAACCAGCCAGUGGAUGAGUUUCGUAAAGGGCGUCUGUACCAUGGAUUUUCUGAUUGUUUGCUGAAGGUGUGCCAAGCUGAGGGCCUGCUGGGGUUGUAUAAAGGCAUGGGCCCUGUCUUUGUGCGCUUGGCCCCACACACAGUGCUCAGCAUGCUGUUCUGGGAUCUGAUGAGGCAACAGACGGUGAAGAACAACCAGAACCAGGGAAGGAGCUAAAACAUCCCUGUGCAUGAUUGACUGGACUCAAUCACAACUAUUGAAGUUGUCCACCAAUUAAGGAAACGCUGAAUUCAAAGUGUGCGCUUAUUCGUUUUCUAGCAGAACGUUAGAUAAGAAGAUUGAUACCCCUCUCAUGUCUGUACAGUAAAUAUGAAGCUACAACCAGCACCUAGUUUAGCAUAAAUACUGGAAACAGGAGAAAUGACUAGCCUGGAUCUGUCCAACUGUAAUCAAAUCCAAAUAGCAGCACCUCUGAAACUCACUAAUUAACACAAAGUUUAAAAAAAAGUUGAAAAAUUGUAAGUGUAAAAAUGUUUGUCGCUUUACAGGAGUUAAUCAUGACAGUAACUUCCUGGAGGCUCCGCUGUCAACUGCUAAAGGCCAAGAAACAUAACAUAACUCCCGUCCAUAAAACGGAAAAUUGUCGUUUUCACAAUGUUUUUAGUGGGCUGUAUAGGUAUGGUAGGUGGAUUUUAGAAUAGAUCUUUAUUGUCAUUGUUUCACAACAACAAAACACAGUUUAGCAGCUCUCAGUUUAAAUAACAGACAAAUUUCAGUUUAAAUUGUAAAAUAUAAAAUAACAAACAAACAAAUAUAAAAUAGCAAAUCUAUCACAAUUCAAACAUAAAAAAUCAAGAUAAAUAAACACAAUGAGGUGGCACCAUAUUUUUGUACUUUUGGACAGAGCCAGGCUAACUGUUUCCCUGUUUCCAGUUUUUGUGCUAAGCUAGGCUAACUAGCCGCUGGCUGUAGCUUCGUGUUUACUGUAAAAACAUUAGUGUUUGAUCGUCUCAUCUAACUCUCUGUCAGAAAGUGAAUAUGCGUAUUUAGAACAAUUAAGAGACUCCCUCUGUCUCAAGCAAAGCAGAUUGAUGAGCAUUAAAGCACUUAAUGAAGAUGGGCACAUGUUGCACAUGAUCUAAUUUCAAUAUCAGGAGUUCCUAUCAAAUUUCCCAAAUGCAUGAAAAUGCUGUUUAACUAUCAGGUUUUACCUUUAAUACCUCAAUUGAUCAAUUUACAAGCAAUGUCUUGGGCUUUCAUAUGUCCUCUCGCAGCAAAGCUGAAAUGAGCAAAGUAAGAUCCAAGUGGCUUGCAGCCAUAUCAAUGGAUGCCACCACACGCAGAUGCAGAGGAGAUGAAGAAGUCUGGAUUAUUAAAACGGAAACUCUGUAUUCCAUGUUUGUAGCCCUGUGUGGCAGCUGUGAUUUUUCACACCUUAAAACAUAAUUUACUGACAUAUUGAUCUAAGGUUUUUAUGUACAGAAAUGUGAACUAUUUUUGAACAGCAGUGGAUAAUAAAUCAUUUUUUGUAUAAAAAGCAUUUAA